GGGGAUUGUUAUUUACCGUGUGGCGCUUUCCGCGUGAGCAGGGGUUGAUAUUUUCUCGCGUCUCGUGCGCAUCAUCUGCCCGUCUCGCGUGUCUGUGCCCGUGCGUGUGUGUGAUUUUUGUUGUAUUGUAUUGUUGCGAGAUACCAGCCCCAUUUGGCAGUGUGAUUGUGAUGCACCGAGAACGGCUGCCACAGUUCUAACAGGCAGAAUCCGAACAAUAAUCGAAAAGGGAAAACCCUAAAAUACCUCGUGCAUCACAUGUUCGCACAGUGAACCGACACGGAAUAGGGGCGAGCUCUAGGGAAAGGGUUUGUUUUGCGCAAAAAAAAGCGCGCGCGUGGUACGUAUCCGAGCAGCAUCAUUAGAGCAGCAAGGUGUGCGAAGGAAAUAGGUGCAAACAAUUGUGCUGUGUUGGUUGGUUGGUUGGUUGGCGACUGCGGAAGUGGUGGCGGCGUAGGAAAGUGGCUGGUGCAUGCAAUUAAUUAUUCACGGCCUAUGCAGCUCCUUUCGGUGGUCCGCUGUGACGUUGAUGGUGGUGCGCUCUAAGUUCCCACGUGUGUGUGUGCGCUCCGUGCUGCUGUGAAAUCCUGGGAAUUCAGUGCUGUGAAAAAAGGGGUUUAUUAAGGGAAGGAAAAGUGAUUAUCAUAAAAAUUUAAGUGAGUGAGACGCAGUUCAGGAUAAAAAACCCAAAGGCAAGCAAAUAGGACUAACAAACAUGCCCGUCGUGGUCGAGGGAAGCUUUCAACAAUCGUCCGGAGCAUCCUCUCGGGCAAUGCCUUCCACCACACCCAGGGCGCUGUCACCAGACGCUUCCGAAGCUGCCUCAAUUGCUAUGAUAGAAGUGUCAGGCUCAUCGAUAGCUGAAGGGCCAGCCCACAAUCAUCAUCAUCAUCAGGACGAUGCGUCGGACGCGCUCGUCGGCGACAGCACGUUCAUUAACGGAUGCGCCUCAGCGAACGGUGCGGACCUGCUCCAUCCCUGGAACGGUACCGUGCCCGACCUGUCGAGGUCUCCGUCGGUGGGUGACACCUUCGUAUCGGCGGCUGCCUCCUCCGACAUGCCGUACCCAUCGUCGUUCGCCGACAGUACGACCGAUUCCGACUCCGGCCCGGAGGAGGAGGAAGCCGACCUGCCAGUGGGGUCGGACCCGUUUGCGUACAUCACAACCGCUACCAUUACGCUCAGCUCCGGUGGCAAUUCGGCCAGCAUGUUUCCGGCCAUGGUGGGACACGGUGCCACUGUCAAUCUUCGGCCGUCGGGCACGAAUGCACUUGCUGCACCGGUCGGAAGCGAAAGACUGCUGCAACGCUCGGGAGCAUUGGAGGGUCAGGAUGGAGCAUCACCAUCAUCGUCGUCGUCGUCGUCUUCCUCCUCGGGCAAAACGUCGAUUUCCAUGUCGAUCGCAUCGGUUGGCGAUGAUUCGACGGAACGGGAGCUGAACGAGUCGCCCGUUAGCGUGCAGAUUGUGCCGGAGAAAAAAGGACUCUUCCUCAAGCACUCGGAGUAUGAGAUCAAGCUGAAGGGCAUUGAGAAGACGGUCCGCCGUCGGUACAAAGAUUUCGUCACACUCCAUCGCUAUCUGGCGGAGAAGUAUCCAUAUCGACUCCUUCCAGCACUGCCACCGAAGCAGCUGAUGUUGGACUCGCUCCUGGAAGAACGGCGGCGCGGUUUGCAGACCUGGCUGAUCAUCGUGUCGCUCCACCCGGUACUGGGCAGCUCCCCAAUCGUAAGCACCUUCCUGCGCGACACCACCACCGACCACCAGUACCGACUGCGCGUAACGUACGAGAAGCAGAUGGACGAGCUGGUACGGCUACGGCCGGACGCAACUCUGCCGGAGGUGGACCUGGACACGCUGGCCGAAUCGCGUACCCGUCUGCACCGUGUGCAGUGCAGCAUGGGACGGUUGAAGCAACUGUUCGAUCGACGCCUGGGCCAUAACCGACGUCAAACAGGCGAGUGUGCCGAAAUCGAACGCAUUCUGCAGAGUCCCGAUCUGCGCGACGCAUUCAACGAGGACGCAACGUUCGAGGAUCUGUCCGCGAGUGAGCGGCUGAUUGCGAAGCAGGUUGAGCGCUAUGUGCAGGUGCAGCAGCGUGCCGUUACCGAACGGUUGGACGUACUGCUGGAGGUGUUGCAUGCGCACAGUCAACUAUGCGAACGGAUCGAAAAAGGCAUCGUAGCUGAUCAGCAGAGAACGCUGACAGGGAAGUCCCCGGGAGCCAAUGCAGGAAGCAGUCGAGUGAAAGUCAAAGCUCAUUCGAUGAAUCAAACCGGUACUAUGGCGCAACAAAAUGAAGGGAAUGGCUCCGCGUUCGAAGCAACUCAACUCGCGCGUCGUUCUGCGUUUGCGUUCAGCUGUGCCCAGGCGGAAACGCUGCUGGCGGAGCGCUAUCUGCAGUCGUUGCCUUCGAUACUACUGUCCUACGCGCACGAGGAGCAACAGCACCAUCAGAAGGUAACGCUUGCACUCAGUAGUGUCGAUCACAGUCGAUCGGCGGCCUCCCUCGCCCCCGGCCCUACUAACCGUUGGAAAUGUUUCGUAAAUCUUUCUUUCACUCCAGAUGUCGAAGAUAUGGCAUCGGUUAGUGGUCAGCGAGUCUAGCCGGCUCGACUAAACAGCCACCAAGGGCUUGCGUGAGGAGAUCGUGAAAAUGAGUACAGGAAAUGGCAGGGAAAGGCUAUCAAUUAGUACGGGAAAUGUUUGUUAAGAGGUUGCUGAAUUACGAUUAGUAUCACUGGUAGAGUAUGAAGUGUUAGAAGAGCAGUGUCAUUAGUUAGAAGUGAGACUAUGAACCGUAGUAAGAAUAGAAUUUAGAUAAUGUGAGUGGAAUGGCUGCAAUGUUAUUAAACUAUUUUUCACUUGAGUUGUUGUUCAUAUUCUUACUUAAAAAAUAAUUCCUUUUAACAUACAAAAUUUAACGUAAUAAAAUGUAUAGGAUUGAAUUAUAAAAAAAUUACAAUUAAUGACACAAAAAUACAAUUCGCUCGCUACAUGGUCUAAAUUUAUUACUAUUAUGUUCGUCAACAUAUAAUAGGGUAAGAUGAUUGUUCAGAUAUGAAGGCGUUAUUUUGAUUACAAACAAAAAACAAUAAAACGAUAAACCAAAUGGAUUAUCAAACGACUUACUCCACAA